GCGCGGCUGGGACAUCCCAGUCCCGGUUGGUCCUCCUCACCCGCCACCCGUGCGACCACUUCGCGCCGCCAGCCCAGUCAGCCCAGUCCACCACACAGCCCGCCGGCCGGCCGGUUUCCCACCGCAACCAUGGACGCCAUCAAGAAGAAGAUGCAGAUGCUAAAGCUGGACAAGGAGAAUGCCAUCGACCGCGCUGAGCAGGCUGAGGCUGACAAGAAGCAAGCUGAGGACCGCUGCAAGCAGCUGGAGGAGGAGCAGCAGGCCCUCCAGAAGAAGCUGAAAGGGACGGAGGACGAGGUGGAAAAGUAUUCCGAAUCAGUGAAGGAUGCCCAGGAGAAACUGGAGCAGGCUGAGAAGAAAGCCACCGAUGCCGAGGCAGAUGUGGCCUCCCUGAACCGCCGCAUUCAGCUGGUAGAGGAGGAGUUGGACCGGGCGCAGGAGCGCCUGGCUACAGCCCUGCAAAAGCUGGAGGAGGCUGAGAAGGCAGCUGAUGAGAGUGAGAGAGGAAUGAAGGUCAUCGAAAACCGAGCUAUGAAGGAUGAGGAAAAGAUGGAGCUGCAGGAGAUGCAGCUGAAGGAGGCCAAGCACAUCGCUGAGGAUUCAGACCGCAAAUAUGAGGAGGUGGCCAGGAAGCUAGUGAUCCUGGAAGGAGAGCUGGAGCGCUCAGAAGAGAGAGCUGAGGUGGCUGAGAGUAAAUGUGGGGACCUAGAGGAGGAGCUGAAAAUUGUUACCAACAACCUGAAAUCCCUGGAAGCCCAAGCGGACAAGUAUUCCACCAAAGAAGAUAAAUAUGAAGAGGAGAUCAAACUGCUGGAGGAGAAGCUAAAGGAGGCUGAGACCCGAGCAGAGUUUGCCGAAAGGUCGGUGGCAAAGUUGGAGAAAACCAUUGAUGACCUGGAAGAUGAAGUCUAUGCACAGAAGAUGAAGUACAAGGCCAUCAGUGAGGAGCUGGACAACGCACUCAACGACAUCACCUCCCUCUGAGCCUCUCACCAGUGUGGCCUGCGGCCCCUUCUCUCUUCUCCUUUCCAUUCUCUGUACGGGGAGGGGGGCAAACAGGAGGAGCAGAAAUUGCCAACAUUGCACAGCCAGGCUGGACGCAGCCUAGGAGAGCCCCCGUCACAGCUGCUGCCCACCCUGGCAUUUGCUUCAUCCUUCUAUAUCCAUCCACUCCCCCCUCUACCCGCCAGCCUCUCCCGCUCUCUGCUGCUUAAUAAACUCAACUUGGUCUCCA